CCCGCCGGCCCCGAACGCCAUGAGCCUGGGUCUCCGCCGCGCCCGCUCCGCUCCGACCGCCGCCGCCGCCGCCAAGGCCCCCUUUGAUGCCGCAGAGCUCCCCCAGCGCCGCCGCCACCGCCUCCGACAUGGACAAGAACAGCGGCUCCAGCAGCUCCUCCGCCUCUUCGGGCAGCAGCAAAGGGCAACAGCCGCCCCGCUCCGCCUCUGCAGGGCCGGCCGGCGAGUCUAAACCUAAGAGCGAUGGAAAGAACUCAAGUGGAUCCAAGCGUUAUAAUCGCAAACGUGAACCUUCCUACCCCAAAAAUGAAAAUUUUAUCAACCAGUCCCGUCGCUCCACUUCACAGAAAAGCAAAACUUUUAAUAAGAUGCCUCCUCAAAGGGGCGGUGGCAGCAGCAACAAACUCUUUAGCUCUUCUUGUAAUGGUGGAAGACGAGAUGAGGUAGCAGAGGCUCAGCGGGCAGAGUUUAGCCCUGCCCAGUUCUCUGGUCCGAAGAAGAUCAACCUGAAUCACUUGUUGAAUUUCACUUUUGAACCCCGUGGCCAGGCAGGUCAUUUUGAAGGCAGUGGACAUGGCAGCUGGGGAAAAAGGAACAAGUGGGGACAUAAGCCUUUCAACAAGGAAUUGUUUUUACAAGCCAACUGCCAGUUUGUGGUGUCUGAAGACCAAGACUACGCAGUUCAUUUUGCUGAUCCUGAUACCUUAGUCAACUGGGACUUUGUGGAACAAGUGCGCAUUUGUAGCCAUGAAGUGCCAUCUUGCCCAAUAUGCCUAUAUCCACCUACUGCAGCCAAGAUAACCCGUUGUGGACACAUCUUCUGCUGGGCAUGCAUCCUGCACUAUCUUUCAUUGAGCGAGAAGACCUGGAGUAAAUGUCCCAUCUGUUACAGUUCUGUGCAUAAGAAGGAUCUCAAGAGUGUUGUUGCCACAGAAUCACAUCAGUAUGUUGUUGGUGAUACCAUUACAAUGCAGCUGAUGAAGAGGGAGAAAGGGGUGUUGGUGGCCUUGCCCAAAUCCAAAUGGAUGAAUGUAGAACAUCCUAUUCAUCUUGGAGAUGAACAGCACAGCCAGUACUCCAAAUUGCUGCUGGCCUCGAAGGAGCAGGUGCUGCACCGGGUGGUUCAGGAAGAGAAAGCAGCACUAGAGCAGCAGCUGGCAGAGGAGAAGCACACUCCCGAGUCCUGCUUUAUUGAGGCAGCUAUCCAGGAGCUCAAGACUCGGGAAGAGGCUCUGUCAGGAUUGGCUGAAAGCAGAGGGGAGGUCGCUGGUGUCGUGGCUGCUCUGGAACAACUGGUGCUGAUGGCUCCCUUGGCGAAGGAGUCCGUGUUUCAACCCAGGAAGGGCAUGCUGGAGUAUCUGUCUGCUUUUGAUGAAGAGACCACAGAAGUUUGUUCUCUGGGCUCUCCUCCUUGUCGUCUUGCUCUCCCUCUGGUAGAGGAAGAGGAAGCAGCUUCUGAACCAGAGCCUGAGGGGUUGUCAGAGGCCUGUGAGGACUCGGGGUUAGCAGAAGACAAUCUUGGAGAGGGGACCAUUUGUACCGAGUCCAGCCAGCAGGAACUCGUCACCAAGCCAAGCAUCACACACCUGAGCAGCUCUCCUUGUUACUACUUUUACCAAGCGGAGGAUGGGCAACACAUGUUCCUGCACCCCGUGAAUGUGCGCUGCCUCGUGCGGGAGUAUGGCAGCCUGGAGCAGAGCCCUGAGAAGAUCUCAGCCACGGUGGUGGAGAUCGUUGGGUAUUCCAUGUCUGAGGAUGUGCGACAGCGUCAUAGAUACCUCUCUCACUUGCCGCUCACCUGCGAGUUCAGCAUCUGUGAACUGGCUCUGCAGCCUCCUCUGGUCUCUAAGGAAACCCUAGAGAUAUUCUCAGAUGACAUUGAGAAGAGGAAGCGGCAGCGCCAGAAGAAGGCCCGGGAGGAACGUCGCCGAGAGCGCCGGAUUGAGAUGGAGGAGAACAAGAAGCAGGGCAAGUACCCAGAAGUCCACAUUCCCCUAGAGAAUCUACAGCAGUUUCCUGCCUUCAAUUCCUAUACCUGCUCCUCUGAUUCUGCUUUGGGUCCCACCAGCACCGAGGGCCAUGGGGCUCUCUCCCUUUCUCCUCUUAGCAGAAGUCCAGGUUCCCAAGCAGACUUUCUGCUGACCCCUCUGUCAUCCACUGCCAGUCAGGGCAGUUCUUCAUUCUGCGUUGGGAGUCUGGAAGAAGACUCUCCCUUCCCUUCCUUUGCCCAGAUGCUGAGAAUUGGAAAAGCAAAACCAGAUGUGUGGCCCAAAACUGCUCCAAAGAAAGAUGAAAACAGCUUAGGCCCUCCUGCCCCUGUGGACAGCGAUGGGGAGAGUGAUAACUCAGACCGUGUUCCUGUGCCCAGUUUCCAGAAUUCCUUCAGCCAAGCUAUUGAAGCAGCCUUCAUGAAACUGGACACGCCAGCUACUUCAGAUCCCCUCUCUGAAGAGAAAGGAGGAAAGAAAAGAAAAAAACAGAAACAGAAGCUCCUGUUCAGCACUUCAGUCGUCCACACCAAGUGACACUACUGGCCUGGCUACCUUCUCCAUCUGGUUUUCUUUUUUCUGUGCUUUUGUUUUGCUGCUGUAAUUUUUAAGUAUUUGAGUUUGAACAGAUUAGCUCUGGGGGGAGGGGGUUUCCACAAUGUGAGGGGGAACCAAGAAAAUUUUAAAUACAGUGUAUUUUCCAGCUUCCUGUCUUCACACCAAAAUAAAAGUAUUGACACUCACAAGA